AAGGAGAGGGCGGCUUCCGGGCUCUGGCUGGCGGGCGCUUUGUCUCGCUUUCGCCGCAGUAGGCUCUUCCUGUUAGUCUCCGCUGCUACUUCUUGACUCUGGGAGGCCCGGGUGGCUCUGCAGCAGCCUCUGCCACCCUGUGACCUGCGGGUAUUGGGACAUCCCUAGCUGACGCCAGGACACCCGGGAAGCAGAGGAAUGGACUCCGUGGCUUUUGAGGAUGUGGCUGUGAACUUUUCCCAGGAGGAAUGGGCUUUGCUAGAUUCUUCUCAGAAGAAUCUCUACAGAGAAGUGAUGCAGGAAACCUGCAGGAACCUGGCUUCUGUAGGAAACAAAUGGAAAGACCAGAGUAUUGAAGAUCACUUCGAAAAACCUGGGAAAGAUAUAAGAUAAUUUGCACUGAGAAGAGGAAAUAAAGUCCUCUGAAGGAAUCUUAGCAUGUCGUGAACUUAAAAACAAGCAGUCAAAACAAAUGCGUGAAAGGACUCACACUGGAGAAAGACCCUAUAAAUGUACCAUAUGUGAUGAAGCCUUCAGCUGUUCCACUUCCCUUCAUGACCAUGGAAGCGUUCACACUGGAGAGAAACCCUAUGAAUGUAAACAGUGUGACCAAGCCUUCAGUCGCCUCAGUUCCCUUCACCUCCACGAACGAAUUCAUACUGGAGAAAAACCCUACGAGUGUAAGAGAUGCGGUAAAGCCUACACUUGUUCCAGUCACCUUACUCGCCAUGAAAGAAGUCAUGAUAUAGAGGCUGGGUGUAGUGACUCAGCCUAUAAUCCCAGCACUUUGGGAGGCCAAGGGGCAGGCAGUGGUCAACAGUGGCCCGAACCCUUGGACUCCUUGCUCAAAGCUGCCUCAGCUCAUCUGCCUGAAAUUCCAGUUACUGUCACGUGCAGACCCAUACAGGAACAAAAUGUGGAUCUCUCGAGGUAGCUACCCUGCGCCUACAGACUGUGACAACAGGGGGUGACCCAGGGGAAAUUGCUUCACCAACUUUAAUAAAAUUAAUUAUAGAAGAAUGAUAGUUUCCAUCAGCUUGCUGGCAGCACAUUUCUGGAGGGGAAGCCGCAUCUCUUCCGGCCCAGGAUCCAUUGUCACCUGCAGAGAGAGAAGCGCCAAGGGAUCCUCAGAGACACCAUGACGGCAGCGCCAACCAAAAUCCACCCAGACAGCCGACUUUCCCGGAGCGCUGUUAUGUCUUUUUGGACUGAGAUAACUCAAGAAGAAAUGUCCCUAAUCUUCGUCCAUCUCCAGGCUUGGGAGAAGGUUGUGAAGAAACGUGGCUUCCAAAGCCUCACUGGUGAACCUGUGCCGAGUUGGAAAAUUAACAAUUUGAUGUCAGCUGUCCACAGUGAUGAGGCUGCUGUGCUGUCCUGUGUUCUGUUUGAAGAACUGAUGCGAUGUGACAAAGAUUCCAUGCCAGACGGCUGGCUGUCAGAGGAGGAAAGACUGUUUCUCUCGUAUUUUCCUUUGCACAAAUUUGAGCUAGAACAGAACAUCAAAGAACUUAACAUCCUUGCGGACCAAGCUGACACCACUCACAAGUUGCUGACCAAGACCAGCCCGGUGGCCAGCUCUUCCGGGACUGUUUCUGGGGUCAUGAGCAUCCUGGGUUUGGCCCUAGCACCUGUGACAGCAGGAGGCAGUCUCGUGCUCUCAACAGCUGCGACAGGGUUGGGGGCAGCAGCUGCCAUCACCAACAUAGUAACAAAUGUUUUAGAAAAUAGGAGCGAUUCAGCAGCAAGAGACAAAGCCAGCCGACUGGGGCCUCUGACGACAUCACAUGAGGCUUUUGGAGAAAUAAAUUGGUCUGAAAUCGGGGCUGCUGGCUUUUGUGUUGACAAGUGUGUAAAAGCCAUCAAGGGCAUCAGGGACCUUCGUGCCUACCAGAUGGCCAAAGCCAACUCUGGGUUCAUGGCUAUGGUCAAGAAUUUUGUGGUCACAAGACACAUCCCUUUCUGGUGGGCUAGAGGGGUGCAGAGAGCCUUUGAGGGCACAACUCUGGCCAUGACCAAUGGUGCCCGGGUGAUGGGUGCUGCUGGGGCUGGCUUCUUACUUCUGAAAGACAUGAGCAGCUUCCUGCAGAGCUGGAAGCACCUGGAGGAUGGGGCAAGGACAGAGACAGCAGAGGAACUGAGGACACUUGCUAAGAAGCUGGAGCAGGACCUGGACUAGCUCACUGAGCGCCACCGGCACCUGCUGCAGAAGGCAAGCCGGACCUGUUCCAGCUGCCGGGGAAGGGCUGUUCGAGGAUCCCGUGUGGUUAAACCAGAAGGGUCUCGCUCACCUCUCCCCUGGCCUGUCGUGGAGCACCAGCCUAGUCUGGGCCCUGGCGGGACACCGAGAAUACCAAAGAGGACAGUCUCUGCCCCAAGGACACUUGGCCACCAGCCAGCCCCAGGCCCCGGGAAGACACCGACAGCGAGAAGAGGUAAGUGGGAUGCAAGCAAGCCAGGAGCUGUGGGAAUCCCUGACAGUGAAGUAACCCCUCCUUGGGUGGGCGGGCCUCGGAGAAGGGAAGGGAGGGCCUAACGGGAAGAGGGGCUGCUGCUAGCUUUCCAUCCGGCCCCUGCCACGCCACCUGGUGCCUUUGCCAGUCAUCUCACGGAGCUCUCUCUCUACUUCC